UCCUCAUUGGUCUGUUCAUGCCCUCCCCCUCCCCUUUAAAAGCCUGUUCUUUCACCUGAGUUCCUAAAGAGUUCCUGCUCCUCAGAACUGUUGACGUUGUAAAUACUUUCACCAACAAAGAGUUCCUUCUCAGGAGUUUUACUGCAGUUUUUUUUUUUCUCUUCUCACUUCGUCCUCGUCAGAGUCCGACCGACGUGACCUCAGCUCAUAUUUAUCGACAAUUUCAUGUUAAUUUCCACGUUCACGUAGAAAUUAACGCAAACACAACACGGAAGACUCGCGGGAGAUGCGUACGGAAGUCGACGAACACGUGAAGCUGCUCCGAGUGCUCUGCCACCUAGUGUCAGUGUCUGUCUUUGUCUGCAGUCAGUAACCAAUCAGAGGGAGGAAGGACCCUUUUUGACCUUUUUGACCUUUUGAUCUUAAACUCUGGGGAUAAAGGACGUCAGUGGCGCUCAUCUUCCCGCCGUUUUCCCAGCAUGCCUGGAGUUAUGGAUCACAUGGAGCUACGCAAGGUCUGCACCGAGGCUGACGACGAGAGCAACGACAGUCUGGAUGAACGCUACAUGGAGCCGGAGAAGGCCAGUCAGUUCACUGAAGACAACGAUGACGGAGAAAGUCGAGAGUUUCUGUCCAGUGGGAUGAUGAAGAAGAAGAGAUACGAAGAGUACCACGAUGAAUACCAUCCAGGCCACACCUCCUUCGGCAUGUCCGUCUUCAACCUGAGUAACGCCAUCAUGGGCAGCGGGAUCCUGGGUCUGUCCUACGCCAUGUCCAACACAGGCAUCGUCCUCUUCUUAAUUCUUCUCAUCGCUGUCGCCAUCCUCUCUCUGUACUCAGUUCAUCUUCUUCUGGUCACGUCCAGAGAAGGAGGAUCCCUCAUCUACGAGAAGCUGGGGGAGCGGGCGUUCGGCUGGCCGGGGAAGAUGGCCGCCUUCGUGUCCAUCACCAUGCAAAACAUUGGAGCCAUGUCCAGCUACCUCUUCAUCGUCAAGUACGAACUGCCCGAGGUCAUCAGGGCGUUCCUGGGGUUACAGGAGAACUCGGGUGAGUGGUACAUGAACGGAAACUACCUGGUGGUGUUCGUGUCCAUCGGGCUCAUCCUGCCCCUGUCUCUGCUGAAGAACCUUGGCUACCUGGGCUACACCAGUGGGUUCUCCCUCACCUGUAUGGUCUUCUUCCUGGGAGUGGUCAUCUACAAAAAGACCCAGGUCCCGUGCCCCCUCCCCGUACUGGGCCCCCCCUCCUCCAACCUCAGCGUGAACGUGUCCGACCUGUCGGGGAUGUUCUCGCUGCAGAACCAAUCACAACAGAUGGACUUCUCCAGAGCCGACGUCUCCCCCGCAGCGGUGGACGGACACAACGGGCCCCACUCCGCUGGGGUACAUGUUGAGCCACACCCUGACGACGAGGACAUGUGCAGACCCAAGUACUUUGUCUUCAACUCUCAGACGGCGUACACAGUUCCAAUCCUGGCCUUCGCCUUUGUCUGCCAUCCUGAAGUCCUGCCCAUCUACAGUGAGCUGAAGGACCGCAGCAGGAAGAAGAUGCAGAACGUGUCCAACCUGUCCAUCCUGGCCAUGCUGCUCAUGUACAUGCUGUCGGCGCUCUUUGGUUACCUCACCUUCUACGACAGUGUAGAGGCGGAGCUGCUCCACACCUUCACCAAGGUUUACAAGUUUGACACUCUGCUGCUGAUGGUCCGUGUGGCUGUUCUCACCGCCGUCACCCUGACUGUACCCAUCGUACUGUUUCCUAUCCGCACCUCCAUCACCACCCUGCUGUUCAGUGGUCGGGAGUUCAGCUGGACGCGGCACCUGCUGAUCGCGGUGGUCAUCCUGAUCUUCAAUAACCUGCUGGUCAUCUUCGUCCCAACCAUCAGAGACAUCUUUGGCUUUAUUGGGUCGUCUGCGGCCACCAUGUUGAUCUUCAUCCUGCCCGCUGCCUUCUACAUCCGCCUGGUCAAAUCACACCCACUCCGCUCCCCCCAGAAGAUCGGGGCGGCCGUCUUCCUGGUGGUGGGAAUCAUCUUCAUGAUUGGCAGCCUGUCGCUCAUCGUCCUGGACUGGAUCCACAACCCUCCAGGCUCCAACAGGGGACACUAAGGUGGGGGUGCCGCCCUGCCCCCCCCCCCUCGGCCCCCCCUUCACCUGAUCAUCAAUCAUCAAACCUCAACCUAAGCCACGCUGAGCUGCACUGACUCCAGACGUCGUCUUUCUGCCUCAGAGAAUUUCACUGGAGAAAAGUUUUCACUUUUUGUUUCAGUUUUUUUUUUUUUUGCUGUAAAGUUCUGGAUGAGGGUGGGUCGGAUCAGGAUCUGGAUCUGGAUCAGGAUCUGGAUCUGGAUCCGGAUCAGCUGACAAGACAACGGCCGUCCCUCAGUCCACUGUGCACUUAAACCAUGAAGAGCAGUUAGAACCACAGGAGAGCACUUAGAACACACCAGAACACUGGACCAGAAC